GUGAAGAUCAUGGCACAUCAAUCUUGACUGAUAAUUUCUACUGAAAACAACGUAAGCAUUAAAGGACAGUCUUCUGAAGAAAUUCUUUUGAUAGUCUCUAACCAUGGUCAAAAAAGUGGCCAUCAUCGGAGCUGGGGUCAGUGGCUUGGCUGCCAUACGGUGCUGUCUGGAGGAAGGGCUGGAGCCCACCUGCUUUGAAAGGAGCAAUGAUGUUGGAGGCUUGUGGAAAUUCUCGGACCAUGCAGAGGAAGGAAGGGCCAGCAUUUAUCAGUCGGUAUUCACCAAUUCCUCCAAGGAAAUGAUGUGUUUUCCAGACUUCCCCUAUCCUGAUGAUUACCCAAACUACAUGCACCACAGCAAGCUCCAGGAAUACAUAAAGACAUUUGCUCAAAAGAAGGAUCUUUUGAGAUACAUACAAUUUGAGAGUCUGGUCUCCAGUAUAAAGAAAGGCCCCAGCUUCUCAGUCACUGGCCAGUGGGUUGUUGUUACUGAAAAGGAUGGGAAGCAAGACUCUAUUCUCUUUGAUGCUGUAAUGAUUUGUUCAGGACAUCAUGUGUACCCCAAUAUGCCAACUGAGUCUUUUCCUGGCCUAGACAAUUUUCAGGGAAAGUACCUGCAUAGUCGGGAUUACAAGGGGCCAGAAAACUUCAAAAGGAAGAGAGUCCUCGUGAUUGGUUUGGGGAACUCAGCGUCAGACAUCGCUGUUGAACUUAGUCGUCUGGCUGCACAGGUAUUUAUCAGCACCAGAAGUGGUUCCUGGGUCAUGAGUCGAGUUUGGGAUGAUGGCUAUCCUUGGGACAUGGUAUACGUUACCCGUUUUGCAUCCUUCCUCCGGAAUGUCCUGCCUUCAUUUGUCUCUGACUGGUUAUAUGUCAAGAAGAUGAAUACUUGGUUUAAGCAUGAGAACUAUGGCCUGAUGCCUUUAAAUGGUCCCCUGAGGAAAGAGCCCGUGUUCAAUGACGAGCUCCCAUCUCGUAUCCUGUGUGGCACUGUGUCCAUCAAGCCCAGUGUGAGAAAGUUCACAGAGACCUCCGCUGUGUUUGAAGAUGGAACCAUGUUUGAGGCCAUUGACUACGUCAUCUUUGCAACAGGCUAUGGUUAUGCCUACCCCUUCCUAGAUGACUCCAUCAUCAAAAGCAGAAACAAUGAGGUCACUUUGUUUAAAGGCAUCUUCCCUCCUCAACUAGAGAAAUCAACCAUGGCAGUGAUUGGCCUCGUCCAGUCCCUUGGAGCUGCCAUCCCCACAGCCGACCUGCAGGCCCGCUGGGCUGCUAAAGUAUUUUCAAGCACAUGCACUCUGCCAACUACAAGUGAAAUGAUGGAUGACAUCGAUGAGAAAAUGGGGAAGAAACUCAAAUGGUUUGGCCAAAGCCAUACUUUGCAGACAGAUUACAUCACAUACAUGGAUGAGCUGAGCGCCUUCAUUGGGGCCAAGCCUAACAUACCCUGGCUCUUCCUGACUGAUCCUCAGCUGGCCCUGGAGGUGUACUUUGGCCCUUGCAGUCCAUAUCAGUUUCGACUGGUGGGACCAGGGAAGUGGGAUGGGGCUAGAAAUGCCAUCCUGUCCCAAUGGAACCGGACAGUGAAGCCAACCAGAACAAGGGCUGUCAGUGAAGCUCAGAGGCCCCAGCACCUUCACAACUUGCUAAAAAUACUUUCAGUCCCAGUGUUCCUUCUGGCUGUUUUGCUCACAUUUUACAAAUGAUAAAAUCUUCUGGGUACCAGAGUUCAGACCAGAAAUGUAAUCACAAAGUACAACAUGCACAUAGACACACAUAAUCACUACCGAGCCCCUCCUUUCCUUCCUGCAGUUGUAAAAACUGAACCCUGGAUCAUUUGAAUCAAAGCAUAAAAAUAAAAUGGAAAAUACCCA